AUGGCUUCAUCAAAUGGUACAACAAAUGGUACAUCAAAUGGUACUGGUCGUCCAACUGGUUCUGUUUCAAUUCCUGUAGAAAUUAUUCGUGAUUCAAAUUCAACUAAUGCACGUCCUAAUUCAAGACAAAGUUCUCCAUUUCGACCCCUUUUUAAUGAUAAUCAAUUUCCUGGUUUUUCUGAUUCUCCAUCACGGAGCUUCAAUUCGAAUAGUCGUUUCCAGCCACGUCAUAGUCCAAAUACUGCAUAUGAUCGUGUCAUUAACAAUUCACAAUUUAAUCAACCAAUUAAUGAUCGUUAUUCACAACAACAAUACCAAGAACCACAAUAUCAAGAACCACAAUAUCGUUAUUCACAACAAAUGUAUGAACCAGGUCCAUCACUUUUAAGUCGUUCAAGCGAUGAUAUUCUUUCAUCACCAUUUGAAUCAAUGCAAUUUAAUGAUAUGCCUCAAUAUACUUCUUUAAUACCACCAUCAUUUGGUAGUGCAUUUCGAAACGACUCGGAUUUUGUUCAGCCAACUACAUUUCCGAGUCCUCUUCUUCGUCGAUCAUUUGAUGCUCUUAAUGACUUUCCAGAUAUGCGUCAAAGUUUCCCAACAUUUCGACAAUAUCCAUCUGAACAAUCACAACAAAGACCACAACCUCCACCAUCACAACAACAACAACAACAACAACCACCUCCACCACCACCACCACCACCACAACAACAACAACAGCAACAGCAACAACCAUUUUAUCGAACAACAUAUCAGACACAGCAUCAACCUCAACCCCAACAACAACCAACUUAUGCUAAUCAAGCUUAUAUUAAUCCAAAUAUAGUUUAUACAAAUGAAUAUGGUGUACCAACUGAUCAUUAUCAACAGAAUACAUAUCAAGGAGCUGGCAAUAAUGGUGCAAGUGAUCUUUCUCGUUCGCCAGCAUCACAACGCGGUGCAUCACCAGCUCGACCACCACCACCAUCACAGCAACAGCAACAACAACAAGAUGAACCCGAACUUAAAAUGGCUAAAGAUGCAGAUGGUCCAAUUCCUAUGCCACCACCAGCUUCUUCUUCUUCGUCUUCUAAUGCGUCACCAUCAACACAUCCAACUGAAUCACAAGCGCCACCAGCUGAUACUAAACCAAAAGCGAAAACGCCAACACCUCCACCUGAAACUGUACGUGAUCCAAAUGCAAUAGCAUUAGAAAAACUUGAACAAAUUAAGCAAAAUUUGAAUGCAUUAGAUAAAGAAGUCAAUGCAUUUACUGGUUCGACUCGUAAUGAGCGUGCAUAUAAAUUGCUUGAUGAACAAGCAUUAAAGAUAAUGAUACGUUGCGAUGAAUUAGUCGAUGUUAGUGCUGAUAUAAAAGAAAAACGAAAAGAAAUGAUACGCAAUGUACAAAAAGUAAUUGAUAAACUUGAAUCGAAAGUACCAGCAACUCCUGCUACACAACAAAAUAGUAAUCCAAUGGAAUUAGCAGCAACUACUACCAAUGAAUCAUCUAUCAAUACUACUAAUAAUGAAGAAAAUAUUGCAAAAGAAUCUUCACCUUCUUCAAAUCCACUAGAAGGAAAUACAUCCGCUUCAACGACAACAGAACAGUCAAUAUCAACUUGA